GGCGUGUAAGGAAGUGCGGGCUGUGUCGCUGAGCUCACUGCUACUCCAGCAACGGUCGGGACGCUCCGUGUGUUGGCCGCGGCGACGAGCAUCACUUGCCUGGAGACAUCCCUCCCUCACUCUACGAGUCAUCCACAAUGGAACCCACCCAGGAGGUUAUGGAGACCACAGCCGUGGACCUGGGCGCCCUUCUGGACGCAGGGGACGGCGCAGUCGUCACACUGGUGGCGGGCGGCACCCGUCUCGUGGCGCACAGGGCCGUGUUGGCCGAUAGAAGUCCCGUGUUUGGCGGCAUGUUUCGCCACGACACACUGGAAGCCAACACCGGCGAGGUCGCAGUCCCGGACGUGGAGGGCCCGGUGCUCCGCCAGCUGGUCGCCUACCUCUACACCCUCCAGGCCCCUCAGCUGCCCAGCCUGGCCCCCCAGAUGCUGGCAGCCGCUGAUAAAUACGGCUUGUCGGCCCUGAAGGCUCGGUGCGAGCAGCACGUGGCCGCUCAGCUGUCCGUCGAGACUGCGGCGGCCGCAGCUGUUCUGGCGAUCAGGCACUCCUGCACCAGCCUCAGGCAGGCCGCCGUUAACUUCAUCAAGGCCAACGCCUUUCAGGUCAUGACCACACAGGGCUGGGCUGACGCAGUGCGCACUCAGCCUGAAGACAUCGUUACACUGGGUCAGCUGCUCGCAGAUCCUCCAGCAGAAACAAGCACGCCGGCCUCUGCAGACGGCAGUCCACGCCCCGGCAGUGGGCCCCAGGGAGACCGCGGCCGCACCCCUGCCACUGCUGCGCCGCCCACGGCCAGCCGCACUGCUCCUCCACCAGAUGACUCUGCCGUCUCUCGCCUGCGGUGA